AGAGAGAGAGAGAAAAGGGAUAUUCUCCCAACAAUUUCCUUGAUAGGACUAGACGAAGGAUGUUGGAUACAAUAAAAGAUAUUAUCCAAUAUAUUUCUCAAUAUCAUGAGUCCUUGGUAGUAUCAUUUAUAUUGGCUAUUCUAGCUGGUCUUACAGCAGUAAAAACCAUACCGCGACUGAAGCAACCUUUUCUGAAUGCAAAACUGUCAGGCAUAGAUAUUCUCAAACCUAAUAAACCUAUAUUACCUGAAACACUUGGUUUACCCAUUGCUAUCAUCUAUCUCAUCACCAUGUUUCUAUUUAUUCCAGUUCCUUUUAUUGAUUGGUUUGGUGGAAAGUUCUUUUUUUCAGUGGUACAUGAUGAAGCACCUCAUUUAGGUACCUUUCCUUAUCACAAGUUAGGCGAAAUAUUAUCAGCUAUAUUGGCUAUUCAAUCUAUGGUAUUACUUGGAUUCGCAGAUGAUGUUCUGGAUGUUCGAUGGAGAUAUAAAGUAUGGUUUCCAGCUAUUGCAGGUAUACCGCUACUGAUAUUCUAUUAUACCAAUUUUGGUGUGACAUAUGUUGUGACCCCUAUUCAGCUACGUCCUUGGUUUGGCGAUAUGAUUCAUCUUGGACCGUUAUAUUAUGUAUAUAUGUUAUCAUUGAUUAUAUUUUGUACACAUAGUAUAAAUAUUCUUGCUGGUAUCAAUGGUAUUGAAGCAGGGCAAACGUUGGUGAUUUCCUUAUCGAUCAUCAUAAAUGAUUUGCUUUAUAUCUACAAGAAUCCUGAUCAAAGAAGUGUAGAAGUUCAUCUCUUCAGUCUAUACUUUAUGUUACCCUUCACUGGUGUGACUUUGGCCCUUCUUUAUUACAACUGGUAUCCUGCCAAGGUAUUUGUUGGUGAUACAUUUUGCUAUUUUGCUGGUAUGACAAUAGCAGUAGUAGGCAUACUAGGUCAUUUCCCAAAAACGUUGGUACUGUUUUUCAUUCCACAGAUGUUUAAUUUUUUAUAUUCAUGCCCUCAACUUUUUCGAUUUGUUGAAUGUCCACGACAUCGAAUGCCCAGAGUCCUUGUCGAUAAUAAGAAUGAUCAAAGUAAAGUACUUCUCCACUGCUCAGUAGUGACAUUAAAUCAAGAAAGGAAACCUACAGGUAAACUUGGACGUGCCAUGCUGGAAUUUUUGAAUGUAUUAGGAUUACUACAUGUCAUUUCAAGAGAUGAUCAUGGACGGAUAUCACAAUGCAAUAAUCUUACUCUAUUGAAUUUGGUUCUCAGUUAUACUGGCCCAAUACCCGAGAAUCGUCUUACUUGUACUGUACUUCUCAUUCAGAUUUUGUGCAGCUUACUUGCUUUCUAUAUUCGAUACAGUCUAGUUAAAUUUGUUUACUGACAUUAAUAUAUAUAUUAAAAAAAAAAAAAAAG